AUGCUCGCUAUGUGCACUAGAAGCACAAAAGUACAUAUUAGUUUGAGACACAGCUAUUCUCUCACGUUUCGGAAAGUAGUCACUGUUUUCCCGACGUUAACUAUAUAGCCUAUUCAUCAGGUCGGAAUUUAGUCGUGUAGCUUUCGGUUUUCAGUGUUACGAUCCCUUGAAAAGGAAUGCAUAAUUCCAAGUGGCAAUAUAUGGUAGCCUAUAUUAUUGAUCUAAACGUCACGUCCAAAGAACAAUAACAGCCUACACCUGUGGUCGUCGUGUGACUGUGUUGAUAUCUUAAAAUAGGCCUAACGGUAACGUCUUUUACAUUUAAGUAAUCUGUGUCAUUGCUGGCGGAGAAUAAAAAUGAAUGAUACCACUGUCCCAGAAUGCUACGGACAGCCUCCCAUAAUUGUGGCGCUGUCUGUGACUCUUGUAUGUUGCGCAUGCGCAUAGACUACAGAGCUGUUCGGAAGUGCUACCUAGAACAUUGUUACAGUCUUUGCAAUUGUGAACAUUUAGAGCAACAUUCAUUUAUAACAAGUUGGGUGCGCUUAUUCAAAAAAAGAGAAGACUGACGAAGGUGAUACCCAGAUCCGGCACAAAGGAGAAACACUUAAUGAGCGAUUGAAUUGGGAUUUGUAACAAGGGGAAGCAGAUCAAGGUGCAGUGAUGAGCUUCUUUAGUUUUGGUCAAAGUGCAGAAAUUGAUAUAGUCCUGAAUGACGCUGAAACGAGGAAGAAAGUCGAACACAAGACAGAAGAUGGCAAGAAAGACAAAUAUUUUCUGUUCUACGAUGGGGAGACGGUUUGUGGAAAAGUAAACGUAACCCUGAAGAACCCAGGCAAAAGACUCGAGCACCAGGGCAUCAAGAUCGAAUUUAUUGGACAGAUCGAGCUUUACUAUGACAGAGGGAACCACCAUGAGUUUGUGUCCCUGGUGAAGGACUUGGCACGGCCUGGUGAGCUCACGCAGUCACAGACCUUUGACUUUGAGUUCACUCAUGUGGAGAAACCGUACGAGUCUUACACUGGACAGAAUGUGAAGCUAAGAUACUUUCUUCGGGCAGUCAUUAGCCGGAGACUGAAUGACAUCAGCAAGGAGAUGGACAUUGUUGUGCACACGCUAAGCACAUACCCUGAACUCAACUCCUCCAUCAAGAUGGAAGUAGGAAUUGAAGACUGCUUGCACAUUGAGUUUGAAUACAACAAGUCCAAGUACCAUUUAAAAGACGUAAUUGUGGGGAAGAUCUACUUUUUGUUGGUUCGGAUUAAGGUCAAACACAUGGAGAUUGACAUCAUCAAACGGGAAACCACGGGGACUGGUCCCAACGUGUAUCACGAAAACGACACCAUCGCUAAGUAUGAGAUCAUGGACGGAGCACCAGUGCGAGGGGAGUCCAUCCCCAUCCGUCUGUUCCUGGCUGGGUAUGAGAUGACCCCCACCAUGCGGGACAUCAAUAAAAAGUUCUCUGUGCGCUACUACCUCAACCUGGUGCUGAUAGACGAGGAGGAGAGGCGCUACUUCAAACAGCAGGAGAUCACGCUCUGGCGGAAAGGGGACAUUGUGAGAAAGAGCAUGUCUCACCAAGCGGCAAUUGCAUCGCAACGCUUCGAGGGCUCGUCCAGCGCAGAAAAAGCUCCAGCCCAGGCCAAGGAGGACAGCAACUGAGUCUUCCUCAGAACCAUCGAAGCCAGCCUCUGCAGGAAAGAGACUCUAAUCUGUGUAUGUGUAAAGG